GCAGUACAUUGAAGAAGAGCAGCACUCCUGGAAUUUCAGCACUGGAAAGGGAGCGGAAUCCGACACCACAAAAAAAAAUGCAUUGGGCUGCCUUGUUCUUGGUAUCCGCCUUCGCUAUGCUCGCGCGAGGUGCACCAUCGGUCAGGACUUUUGGCUCGUCGCAUCAUCUGGAGCACGGCGCCGCUACUCAUCAUCACGCCGCCCAUCAGCAUCACGUCUUUCCGGGCGGUCAACACCACACCGCCGACCACGGUCACCAGGUUCUUGUCGAGGACGACGCCUCAGUAUCUGUUCUCGUCUGCCAAGUUGUCAAGGUUCCCGUUGGCCCGUCCGGUGCACAGCCAGCCCAGCCUUCAAACAACCUCCCUGCUUCUAACACAGCCGGCUCCCCACCGGUUGCGGCGUCUUCGGUCAUCUCCUCCUCGCAGGACGCCCUGUCUAAUCUUAAGUCCCGCGUCAGGACGGCCGUGGACCAACUUGUCGACCCCGUUGUCACCGUCUUGCAGAACGCAUCGCUCUGGCUCAACCGCACGUCGCAGCUUCACCUACCCCAAUCCCACCAACACUCUGCUCACCACGCGCACCUGCACCAGCACGGCGGGCAAGCUCACCAUCACUCUAUUCAGAGCCACCACGGCGGCCAGGUAAACAACCAUGCGACUCAUGAGCAGGCCCCCAACCACCAGGUUCACCCUAUUCAAGGUCAUGCAACCCCGCAAAGUGUUCCAAACUCGGCUAUGCCGAUGACCGUCGUAUCCGUUCCUGUCCUGGUUCCCGCAGUACAUGCCGGCUCUUUGCCCUCCGUGAAUCUGUCUGCCGUUGUUCCUGCCGGCGUCGACAUGGCCUCUCUGCAGUUCUCCGAACCCGGACAGGAUAACGCCACAUCGUCGUUCGCCGUUGCUGCCGAAUCUGUCGCUGCUACCACCCAGCCUGCAUCAACGCCCGCUAAUGCUGACCUCGUUGGCCGCACUGGUGUUCUACUCACUGCGCCAGGUACAGACGCCUCGGUUACUCCGGUGUCGGACGUGUCCACCUCUGCUACGGGUCUCGACACUAUCACGAUUUGGUUUCGGUCUGGCGGCCUCCAAAACACGACCGAAUCUAGCAGCGCAGCGGUACCUACGACGUCCGAACGUCAACGGGCAAGUUUCCGGCGGACGCAACCACAACGCAGCUGCUGCUCCCAGGGGACACUCCUUCCAUCGUAGCUGCGUAGCUAGCGCUCCGCCACGGAUUGAAUAAUUGGCCUGUAAUAAGCUUUCGCGUUUGGUCAUUCCGGCGUUGAAAUUUUAGGAUAUGUAUUACGCGAUGACAGGCUCUGCAUGUGUAACUUGCAAUAAAGCAACCGUUUUUAUACAA